AUGACACCAGGCUUUUCUGAUGACCUACAGAACAUCAGAGAUGCACGCAAAACAGCAGUCAUUGACAGAGAGCUAAGCAGACUGCAAAUGGACAUUGUUGCCCUCCAAGAAAGCAGGCUAGCAGGGAAUGGAUCAGUGAAAGAGAAGGAUUUUACUAUGCUCUGGCAAGGAAAACCCCCAGAAGACACUAGAGAACAUGGAUUGGGAUUUGCACUCAGAAACAGCCUACUGGGUUCAGUCGGUUCAGUCAGCCUAAUCAGCAUUCAUGCGCCAACUCUGACAUCUUCGGCAGAACUGAAGGACAAGUUCUAUUACGACCUCAACGCCAUCACCAGGAGUGUCCCAGAUAAGCAGACACUGCUCAUCGCAGGCGAUUUCAAUGCCAGAGUGGGAACUGACCACGACCCCUGGCCGACUUGUCUAGGCAAGUUUGGCACAGGAAAGAUGAACGAGAAUGGUCAACGCUUACGUGCCAACCUGUCCAGCAUCAAGCUCACCCGCACUUACCAGAGUGCUGACUGUGACAACGCCCACUCUUUGGCAUGCAGCAAGGUGAAAUUUCAGUCAAGGAGACUGCACCACUCAGAGAAGGAGGACAGACCCCACAUAGAUGAAAGCAAGGCACGAGACCAAAGCAAAGUGGAGGAGUUCGCUUACAAGCUAGAAGAAUCUUUUCCUGGACCACCCAGACCACCCAAACCAAUGCCCAAGAACGAUGGCAACACUUCAGAGAUUCUGUCUAUAAUGCUGCAAUGUCCACCUUUGGAAAGAAGACUAGUAAAUCUGCAGACCGGUCCGAGGCCCACUCAGAGGAAAUGA